AAGAGUCUUGCUCUUGUCUUGCCUUCGCUGGUUCGCUUUGCCUCCGGUCCCUCCUCCCUCUCGCGAACCCGCACGAAGCACCCGCUGAUGGCCGCGGCGAUGGACGUCGAUAGAGCCGGGGGCGGGGAGAGGCGGCCAUCGGAGAAGGAGCUCUUCCGUGCCGCGGAAUCCGGCGACGCCGCCGCCUUCGCCUCCCUCGCCCCCGCAGACCUCUCCCUGCGCAACGAGGAUGGCCGCUCCCUCCUCCACGUCGCCGCCGCUGCCGGCCAUCCCCAGGUGGUGCUCGCGCUUGCGCAGUGCGGUGGUGACGCCGCGGCGAACGUGCUGAACGCGAAGGAUGAAGAGGGGUGGGCGCCGAUCCACUCUGCGGCGAGCUCUGGCAACUCCCAAAUCAUCGACAUCCUGCUUGAGCGAGGUGCUGAUGUUAACCUGGUCACUGAUGGUGGCCGAACUGCUCUUCAUUAUGCUGCGAGUAAAGGGAGGCUUAACAUAGCUGAAAAAUUAAUAGCCAAUGGUGCUAAUGUCAACAAGAAAGACAAGUUUGGCUGCACACCUUUGCAUAGAGCUGCAAGCACAGGAAAUGCAGAGCUGUGUGAAUUCCUCAUCGAGGAAGGCGCGGAAGUUGAUGCUGUUGACAAGACAGGACAAACACCUCUUAUGCAUGCUGUUAUAUGUGAGAACAAAGGGGUUGCUCUUCUGCUAAUUAGACAUGGCGCUGAUGUUGAUGUUGAGGACAAGGAAGGCUACACUGUCCUUGGCCGAGCAUCGAACAGCUUCAGACCUGCACUGAUCGAUGCAGCCAAAGCAAUGCUUGAAGGUUGAUUUGGUGCUCUGCUCAAAGAUAAUGGAAAGUGUGAUAGGAGGAACUGUCCUGAGCCGAAGUGUUAAGCUUGUUCUGGUGUAAACAAAGGGGGGCUCUACAGAAUCAGAUUGACCCUGCUAGAAUUUUGACUCUAUAUUUUCUUUUGGAAAAAAUUUGACUAUAUUUUCCUUUCGGAUUUCUUUAACCUUGAGACUAACAUGUCAUCAGCCUUGUGUGUGAUGACCUUUAGUUCCUCCCGGUGUGCUCGAUGAUAGGACAGUCCUUGAGUGGCAACUAGCAACAAAUUUCCUUGCCUUGUUAGCUUUAAGCUAAUCUUCAGAUCUUGUUAAACAGUAUCAUCUGUCAACAAAAUGCGUUCCGGAA